AUGAAGAAUAAUGAAGAUAUAAGAAGCAAUAAUAAUUCUUUUACAUGUUGUUUAGAAAAUGAUCGUGUGAGGAAAGAAAUUCUUUUGACAGAUAUUUGUAGGAAUGAAACGUAUGGUAGUGAAAAAGAAAUGAAGGAAAACGAGGAAAGCAAGGAAAACAUAAAAAAUAAUAAGAAUAUUGAAAUAAAAAAAAAAAAUAUGAGUGUUAUUCAGAUACAUAAAUUUAUUAAUAAAUUAAAGAAUACAAGUAUUACCGAAUUAGAAAAGAAUCAUUUAAAAUUAUUACAAGAAGAUAUAAAACGUUUAAAUAUAAGUAAAUAUAUUGGUGAAAUAUUAAGUUAUAUAUUUGAUUUGUGUUAUCAUGUUAAUAAAUAUUCAGAGAUUUAUCUCUUAAUACAUAUAAUUAAAUAUAUAUAUGAGACAUAUAAAAAUGUAAAUGAGCAUAUUGAAAAAAUAAUUUUCUUAAAAUUUUUUAAGUUGGAAGAAAAUGAUAAAAAUUUCUUUUUUAUUAUAUUUCAUGAUUUAUAUAAUAAUAUUAAUGACAAAGAAAAUAAAUAUGGAAUAAAUCGAACAACAAAAAGGGAAGAUAAGAAGGAACACAACAAGCUCCAUAAUAAUAAUAAUAAUGAUCAUGAUGAUGAUGAUAAUAAAGACAAGAAUAAUAAUUAUGAGGUGAAACAUAACAAAGGAAUAACAAAUUCAUACAUCUCAAAUAUAAAUAAUGUAAGUAAUAUAGAUAAUAUAAAUAAUGUAAGUAAUAUAGAUAAUAUAAAUAAUAUAAAUGUACAGGAUAACAAAUUCAAGAACAGUCAAAAUUCUGAAAAUUAUUUUUCAGGAAAUGGAAAUAAUAAUCAAUAUGAAAAUGGGUAUCAAAAUGAUGACAAAAAUAAUGAUGAGAAUGAGGAUGAAGCAAAUAUUUAUAAUCUUAGUAAGUUUAACAAAAUUAAGAAUGAUAUCUUUAAAAAAUUAACUUCUUCUUUUAUGUUAAAAGAAAAUGAAGAAAAAGAUAAUUUCAUUUUUGAAUUUGAUAUAUUUGAAAACCAACAUAGUGAUAUAAAACUUAUUAAAAAACUUAAUGUAGAUAAAAAAGUGUAUAUAAAAGAAAUGUUUAAUAAUGUUAAUAUAAUGAAAAAUAUAGAAAAGAAAAAUAAAAUCAGAAAAAUUUUAUUAUGUCUAUAUUUUGAAUUACUUUUUUUAAAAAUAUGUAAUAAUAAAAAUUUAUUUUUAUAUAUGUUUAUAAAUAUUACAUUUUUCUUUUCUUUAAAAUUUUAUCCUUAUAUAGAAGAGCAAAAUAAAAUAACAAAUUGUACCUCUCAAGAAAAAAAAGAAAAUAAUACAAUAUUGUAUGGUAAUAAUAAUAAUAAUAACAACAACAAUAAUAACAACAAUAAUAAUAACAACAAUAAUAAUAACAACAAUAAUAAUAAUAAUAAUAACGGGUGUGAUCUUUUAUGUAAUAUUAAAAAGUGCCUACUAAUAAAUACUAUAACAACAUAUGAUUAUUUUUUUAAUAAUACAAGCAGUAUAUUAAUAGAUGAAAGCUUUUUUAAAAGUACAUCAACAUGCACAAAAAAUGAUGACAUAAAAAAUGAUGACACAAAAAAUGAUGACAUAAAAAAUGAUGACACAAAAAAUGAUGACAUAAAAAAUGAUGACACAAAAAAUGAUGACAUAAAAAAUGAUGACACAAAAAAUGAUGACAUAAAAAAUGAUGACACAAAAAAUGAUGACAUAAAAAAUGAUGACAUAAUUACGAAUGAUCCACCAGAUGAAAAUACAAACAUUUCAUUAAAUAUGUCUUCUUUGUUAGGAAACAUAAAGGAUAUGAAAGUAUAUAUUACAAAUUUCGUUUCGACUUUUUAUUAUACUAGUAUGUAUUCUUCUCUCGUAUAUUUUUAUGCAGAACAUGUAAUAAAUGAGUAUAGUAACGGAAAUAAUUAUACCAAUAUUUUAUAUAUUAAUAAUAAUAUAAAUCAAAAUAAUACUAAUAAUUAUUCUAAUAAUUGUAAUAAUAAUAAUAAUAAUAAUAAUAAUCCUCUUAGUAAUAAUUAUAACAAUCAUAAUGUUAUUAUUAAUAAUAGUAAUUAUCAUCAUAUUAGUAAUAGCACGCAACACAACCUUUUUAACAAAAAACAUAUGCUUUAUAAAGAUGAAUAUGAUUUUUUCAAAAUAUACGAGAGGAGCAAAAAUAUUUGUAAUCUCUUUAAAUUAACCCACAUAAAGUUAGAAGAUAUACAAAUAAAUGCCAUCAACAUACUUGGUUUAAACAUUGAAAGUUAUAACCAUAUAAAAAUUUUUGAUCAUAUCAAAAAUAAAAAUGAAAAAGAUAAAGAAAUUAUAAUAGACGAAAAUAAUUCAGUAUGGAUUAAUGAUGAAGAAAAAGCAUUUUAUACUAUAUUUCCAGACUAUUCAAAUAUAAAUAUUUUUAUUAACGAAGAUGAUGAGGAGGAGGAUAAUCAAAAUGAAAAUGGUUAUCAAAAUAGUGUUGUACAUAGUGACAAAAUUAUUUCAACCCUUACUACUAAUCAUACCAUCAUGUCUUCUAACACACAAAAUAAAUCCGAUGUACAAAAAAUUAAAUAUUCUAUAUUAAAGAGGGAAACAAGUAAAAAGGAUAAAGUAAACCUAAUGAACGGCUUGAACAUAACAUAUUCUAAUGAUAAAGACAAAAAAGGUAAUCUUCAUGAUGCUGAUUGCAUAAAUGAUAGUACCAAUCAAAAGAAUAAUAAUUUUAUGCAAAUAGGCCAGAAAAAAUCAAAAAUGAAAGAAAACACACCAAAAAAUUUAGCUACUGUGAUAAAACAAUCUGGUGUGGUGAACCAAUCUGGUGUGGCGAACCAAUCUGGUGUGGCGAACCAAUCUGGUGUGGUGGUGAACCCGUCCAAUGGUUGCAUUAUUUCUCACAGUUGCUAUAACCAAGGAAACCUUAAAAAUAAAGAACAGAACUUCAAAAUUUAUAUAGAAAAACUUUUAAACAUGAACAAUGAGAAAGAUUUAGAAAAUUACGUUAUGCUUUUCCUAUUAAAUUAUAAUACGAAAAAGAAAAGGAAAAUUAUCGCAAAUAAUAUUAUAUAUAUAAAUAAAGUAACAUUAAAUUUAAUUCCAUAUUAUUGUCGAUAUAUAUGUAUAAUAAAUAAGUAUGCUAAAGAUAUGUAUCCUAUAAUUAUUGAUGAGUUAAAAAAAAUUACUGAGAAAAUAAUAAAAGAAAAAGUACCAUGUGAGAAUAAAAAAACGAAAUGUAUAAAAUAUGUAUGUGAAUUAACGAAAUUUAAAUUAUUAGAUUUAUCCUAUAUUUUAGAUAUUAUAUCUAUAUUAAUAGAUAAUUUUACUAUUGAGCAUGCGGAGUUAUGUUUUUUUAUUUUAGAAAAUUGUUCUUUUCUUUUAUUAAAUAAUCCAAGGACACAUAUACGUUUCUUAAAUUUGUUUGAGAAAUUAAAAAAAAUAAAAAACACAAAAAAUUUAACAGAAAUGUUAGAAGUAUCUUUUGAAGAAUGUUCUAUUAAAAUAGAAAAUUUUAUAACAAAAAAUAAUAUGUAUACAUCAAAUAAUAAUAAUAAUAAUAGUAAUAAUAAUAGUAAUAGUAAUAAUAGUAAUAGUAAUAGUAAUAGUAAUAGUAAUAAUAGUACACAUAAUAAUAUUUUUAAAAGAAAGAAGAAGAAAUAUACUGUUGAACAAGAACAGAAAAAAUAUUUUCUUAAAAAAUUAUUAUUUGAAGAUAUCGAAUAUAAAGAUACAGAAAUUAUAUGUAAAUAUAUAAGAAAAUUUAAUUGGAAUGAUUCUUUUUUUUUAUAUAUUUUAAAAAAAUAUAUUUUUAAAUAUUUAAUGUAUAUGAGUAUAUACCAAAUAAAUAAUUUAGCAUCUUUAUUAUACCAACUAGCUAAAUAUAAGCCCCAAUUUGUAAUACACAUAAUUGAUGAAUUAUAUGAAAAAAUUAUUAAUACUUUAGAAUCGAAUGAUUUUAAGCAAUAUACCUUUUUAAUACAAUAUACACAUUUAUUUGCUGAUUUAUAUAAUUAUAAAAUAUUAAAUUCUACCAAUGUAUUAGAUUUGCUAUAUUAUUUGAUAUCCUUAACUGAUAUAAAUAUAUGUUACAUGCAUGAAAUUAAUUACUUGUAUCCUUUUUUUUUAGAAAAUAAAAAAUUCAUAGAACAUAUAAAAGUCGGGAUAUAUAAUAUUGGAAAUGUAGAUUCUGAGUUUAAUAAAAUCACAACAAUUUUGGAUAUGAAGAGAAACAGAAAUAAAAUUCAGGAAAAAGAUCUAGAAAAAAAACAAACUUGUGAGAUUUAUUCAACAGAUGAAAGGGAUGAAGAAAAUACAAUAAAUAAUAAAAAGAAUGUAUAUGACGAUGAAAAGUGUGUAUGUGAAGAUUCUUUUUUUUCGUAUGAUUAUUAUAAAGAGGAUUUUUAUAAAUAUUUAUUCAUUAAUAAAAACAAUCCAAUUUUUUUUCAUAUACUUCAUGAUUUACAAAAUUGUACUUUUAUAAAUAUAAAAAUGAUAUGUAUUAUUUUAGAAAAAUGUGGUAAAUAUUUUAACACACAAUUAUUAAAAUAUAAAUUAAAUAAGUUUCUUUUAUUUUUCAUUAGAUUCCUUUUAGUUCUGGAGCCCUUACUACCUAUAUACAUUAAAAAUAUUACAGAUCAUGUUAUCGAUUAUAUAGCACAAGAAAUGAAAUACUUUAAAUCUAUCGAGAUAUUAGAUAAAUAUUUAUUUAAGAUAUUAAAUACAGAAUAUAAAAUAUAUUUGAAUGCAAAACUUAAAAUCAAAGAUUCAAAAAAUAUAAAGAAAUAUUAUAUAACCGAUGAUGAUUUAAUUUUUAAAUUCGAUCACAAACAUAUUAAUCAUGAGAAUAAUAUUUCUUCACAUUAUAAAAAAUCACAUAAAAACGAUGAAACACAAAACAAUAACAACAAUAAUAAUGAUAAUAAUAAUGAUAAUAAUAAUAAUAAUAUGAAUAAGAAGAAUUAUUAUCAUAACAGCCAUUUUUGUAGUACUACACAUUCUUUUAAAACCAACAACACAUACACCAUUCCACAAUAUUCCAAUAAUAAUAAUCAAAAGACAUUGAAUGAACAGACAGGAUUAGAGUCCGUUAAUUACGAACAAGAAAAAUUGGACAAAGAAAUUAAACACAUAAUUAAUCAAGCAAUACAUGAAAACAAUAAAAUAAAUAAAGAAAGCAAAGAUGUAAAACCUAGGAAUAUUAAAAAUAUUACUUUAUAUACUAAUUUAAUAAAAAAAAGGGACAAAAAAAAUUUACACGUAUAA